AUUUCAGAACUAUAUUCUAUCAAGGAGUGCGGAUUUCAAAUACGGAAGUGUUGCUUGGUUGAGCACAGUCAAGGUGGAAAAAAUGAAUGCAUUGCGUAAAAGUAUACAACUACAAGGCAGAAAUACCUUGUCGUCAUUCUCAAGGAUUUUAGCAGCACGGUAUUCUGUUGAUACUGGAAGUAAAGAAUAUAUUGACGGGCUUGUGAAGAAUAAAAAACUAGUGGUAUUCAUGAAGGGUACACCAGCAUCACCAAGAUGCGGAUUCAGCAACGCAGUUGUGCAGAUUCUUGAUUUCCAUGGUGUUGAGCAAUAUGACUCCCAUAACAUUCUUGAUGAUGAAAAUUUGCGCCAAGGAAUAAAGGAAUACAGUAACUGGCCUACAAUUCCACAAGUCUUCAUUGAUGGGGAAUUUGUAGGAGGAUGUGACCUUAUGCUGGAAAUGCACAAAAAUGGAGAACUAGUAGAAGAAUUACAAAAAGUUGGCAUACAAUCAGUGCUAUUAGACAAGACAGAAGAAAAGUCAUGAUUCUAUUGUAUCUUGUAAGCCAUUUUAUGCUUUAAUUUCAUGUCAUAAUAAAAAAAAAUUGGGUUGAUUA